AGCGUCCUGUGAAUGCAGACCAGCAGGAGCGCACCCUGCUGAAAGGCAUAUUCAGCGUCAGGAAGGGCAAGUCGCAGCUGCACAAGUGGGCAGAGCGGCAGGUCAUCCUCUGCGGCACCUGUCUAAUCGUGGCCUCCGUCAAAGACUGCCUGACUGGGAAGAUGCACAUCCUGCCCCUGGUGGGGGGCAAGGUGGAGGAGGUGAGGCGGAGGCAGCACUGCCUGAUGUUCAGCUCAGCCGGAUCACAGGCCCAGACGUACUUUGUCAACUUUGACACACUCGCAGACUACCAGCGAUGGCAUCGGCAGGCAUCCAAAGUGGUGGCUCAGACGGUCAGCCUGGUGGACCUGUCCUGCUACAGUCUGGAAGCAGUGCCUGAAUAUCUGUUUUACAGUCAGGAUAUCACCCACCUCAACCUAAGACACAACUUCAUGAGCCUUCAGGGGCCUGGAGGCCUGCUCAACCUCCCCAGGUUUUCUCAGCUGAAGAGCCUGAACUUGUCUCACAACCGUCUGGGUGUGUUCCCUGAAUGUGUGUGUGAGAUCCUCACCCUGACUGAACUCAACCUCUCCUGUAACAGUCUCCACACGGUCCCUGUACAGAUAGGCAACCUUCAAAGCUUGCAGAUGCUGUCUUUGGAUGGAAACCGCCUCAGCUCCCUGCCUGAAGAGCUGGGUGGCCUGACGCAGCUGAACGGCCUGGGACUCUCCUUUAACAACUUUGCUCUCAUCCCCGCUGUGCUGGAGAGGUUGAGUGCAGUGGACAAGCUGGCCAUGGCUGGGAACAGAGUGGAGAGUCUGGAGUUGUGUACUCUGGCCAGAAUGAGCCACCUGAAAAACAUCGACCUCCGAUUGAAUGGGCUUCUGCGGGUGAAAAGUGAGAGUCCAGAGGCAGUGAACCAGGUGACCCAGCUGGACUUACGGGACAAUCGCUUGGACUCACUAGACCUGAGCUCCGUUUGCAACCUGGAGACUCUGCACUGCGAGCGCAACCAGCUGGGGACGCUCACACUCAGCGGCUCCACUCUGCGCAUGCUCCAUGCCGGCAGCAACCACCUUACGACUGUCAACAUCUAUCCAGUCCCUAACCUGCUGACACACAUGGACCUAUCACAGAACCUUUUGGAGUACCUUCCAGACUGGGUGUGUGACUGCAGAAAGGUUGAGAUGCUGGACGUCACGCACAACCUGCUGUCGGAUUUGCCUUCUAGACUGCUCAACAGCUUGAGUUUGAGAAAGCUGCUGGCGGGGAACAAUCGUUUGCAGAGAGUGCCUGACCUACUUGACCACAUACCUCUGGAAGCCCUGGACCUCCAGCAUAACAAGCUAGCCGAGCUCCCCGAGAGCCUCUUUUCCAAGGCCUUAAACUUAAAAUACUUAAAUGCUUCAGCCAAUGCCCUGGACAGUAUUCCUCCCAGCAGCCCAUCAGAGGAGAGCCUCAGCACCCUGCAGGAGCUCUACCUGACGCGGAACAACCUGAACGAGAACUGCGGUGCUCUGCUGGUGGGACACCAGAACCUGCGGGUCCUUCACAUCGCCUACAACCAGCUGCUCUCCUUCCCCGCCAGUAAGCUGAGCAAGCUGGAGCUGCUGGAGGAGCUAAAUCUGAGUGGCAACAAGCUGAAGACCAUCCCCUCCACUGUGUCCUGCUGUAAGAGACUGCACACCCUCAUCGCACAUUCCAACCACAUCACCGUCUUCCCAGAGAUCCUCAACCUGCCUGAGAUCAAGCUUGUAGAUGUCAGCUGUAAUGAGCUGACGGAGAUCCAGCUGCCGGACUCGCUGCCUGCCACUCUGCAGGAGCUGGACCUGACAGGAAACAGCAGCCUGAUGCUGGAACACAAGACCCUCAACCUGUUCAGUCACAUCACCACCCUGAAAUUAGACCAGAAAUCCACCACAGCAGCAGCAGACUCGCAGAGUACCUCCACUCCAUGGAACCACGGCUUCUCUGAAAUGAGUGGCCAAAGAAACAAGCUGUGUGUGUCUGUGCUGGCUGUAGACCGCUUUGGAGACGGUGUGGAAGCGUGCUACGGCAUCUUUGACGGAGACCGUAAUGAGGAAGUGCCUCGGCUGCUGCAGUGCACCAUGGGAGAUGUGCUGUGCGAGGAACUGCAGCACUCAAUUAUAGACAAUGUGUAUAUGUGCAACACUUUCAUCACCUCACACAGGAAACUAGGAAUGGCUGGCCAGAAACUGGGUGCCUCUGCGUUGCUGUGUUACAUUCACCACGAGCCUUCAGAUCCAGGGGGCCACUUCAGCCUCACCGUGGCCAAUGUGGGCUCCUGCCAGGCCGUGCUGUGCCGGGACGGCCAGCCUGUUCCUCUCUCUAAGGUUUACAGUCUGGAGAACUGCACGGAGGAGAUGGAGAGAGUCAAACUCAGUAAAGCCAUUAUAACCGAGGAUAACAAAGUGAGUGGAGUGACAUGCUGCUCUCGGCUGCUGGGCUGCUCUUAUCUGUCUCCCUGGGUGGUCCCGAAGCCCUGGGUGCACACUGAGCCUCUCUGUUCCCGGGAUGAGUUCUUGAUCCUGGGGAAUCGAGCGCUGUUUGAACGAGUGUCCUACCAGGAGGCCGUGUGCACGGUACAGGCUGUGCGGGAUCCUCGCGCUGCUGCCAAGAAGCUGUGCUCACUCGCUCAGAGCUAUGGCUGCAAAGACAACAUAGGGGCUGCAGUAAUAUCCCUGCACAUCAGUCAGGACAACUGCACCUGUAAGCCACCCGUUAUGACUGCUGAAGCACGGGGCCCCCCUCCCACCUCUGUGCCUGUGACCGUGACCCCAGGUCCCACUGACCCAGCCGCCAUUUCCUCCAGCACCGGUCUGAUCUCGGAGUUCAACAGUGAGACAUCAGCCUCAGAGGUGGGCAGCGAGGCGGGGUCCACAGCUUCAGACGAGCACCCGCCCCCUGGCCCUGCACCCCGCCCAGAGAGACGCUGCAGCCUGCACCCUGCCACCACCCUGUGUGGGAUCAUGGUGCCAGGCCCCGUCGGGGCGGGAACCCACUUGUUCCAGCGGCAGCCCUCCUGUGCCACGUUCUCUAGCAACCACUCCGACAACGGCUUGGACAGCGAUGACGAAGCUCCAAUGGAGGGGGUCAUUUCUAAUGGCAGCAAGCUGGAGGUGGAGGUAGACAUUCACUGCUGUGCUUUCCAACUACGCUCCAAAGACUUCAACCUUGAAAAGCCGAGCUCUGACUAUCCUAACGGUAAAACGCGCAGACAGAACAGCGUUGUGGUUUCUGCUACAAACGGCUGCCUGCUGGCAGUGUGUGGGAGAGAGAUCGCAGACCUCAAAAAGUCUCCUUCUACCUCCAGCCUGUUUGGGAAGAAGCUGUCCAAUGGCUCUGUGGUGGCCCCUGAGGACAGUCAUAAUCUCAUUGAGGUGGCCCUUGAGGCUCCAAAGAAGAAAUCUGGCUACUUCAAUGCGCCGGCACAGCAGGACCCCGAGGAUCAGCUCAUCGUGCCUCCCAGUCUGGAGCAGGAAGUCAGAGAGCAGCUGAGAGGCCAGAGCCCCCUGGUCUCAGCCCCCACUUUACCCUCCAUACCUCCUUCCUUAAGAGAACCCGUGUGGGAUCAUCCACACCCCCCUGCAUUUACCUCCAACCUGGUCCCAGGUCCAGGCCCAGUCUCCAUCCUACAGCAGGAAGUCUACGAUACCGCCCUCUAGAGG